AUGACACAUUUUCUGCUUCUCUUAUUAUCCGCAUGCGUUGCUGUGGAAUCGUUUUUGCGUGUGCCUAUGCACAAAACGACAUAUGAACGCAACGCAUACAAAGUCUCUUCAAUUGCUGAAUAUUUGAAACAGAAAUACAUUAAAGGUUAUAAAUUUGACUCAAACCUCGCCUAUAACGAGGGUCUCUCUGAUUACUCAAAUGCUCAAUAUUAUGGAACAGUACAAAUCGGAACCCCACCUCAAACAUUCCAACUACUUUUUGACACUGGAUCAUCUAAUCUAUGGGUGCCGUGUAAUACUUGCAAAGCUAGUGAUCUUGCUUGCGAUUUCCAUACGAAGUUCAAUUGCAAGAAGUCAAGCACAUGUACAGAAACUAAUCAACCAUUUGAAAUCCAAUAUGGUUCUGGAUCGAUGAAAGGAGUAGUCGAUAACGACGUUGUUUGUUUCGGAUCCGACCACAAAUGGUGCACGGAUAAAACGCAAGGAUUGGCUUGCGCCACCCAAGAACCAGGACUUGCCUUCGUUGGCGCUAAAUUCGACGGUAUUCUCGGAAUGGGAUGGGAUCGGAUCUCCGUGAAUAACAUCCCUCAGCCGAUGGAUCAAAUCUUCGCCAACAAAGCUUUGUGUGCAGAACCGGUGUUUGCAUUCUGGCUGAACCGUGAUUUGAAUAACAAUGCUGCUGGUGGUGAAAUGACUCUUUGUGGAACUGAUCCAGCUCACUACAAGGGAUCUAUCGCUUGGGAACCGCUAGUUUCUGAGGACUAUUGGAGAAUUAAACUCGGAUCUGUAACCAUCGAUGGAACCACCUACACUAACGGACCAGUUGAUUCUAUCGUUGAUACCGGUACUUCUCUACUCACUGGACCAACUGAUGCAAUUAAAAAGAUCCAAAAGAAAAUUGGAGCAUUCGCAAUUUUCAACGGUGAAUAUGAAAUUGACUGUAAGCGUAUUCCUCAACUUCCACCAAUAACCUUCAACCUUGGUGGUCAGGACUUUGUUCUUCAAGGAUCGGACUACAUCCUUCAGGUCGCUCAAAAUGGUCAAACCACUUGUAUCUCCGGAUUUAUGGGUCUCGACAUCCCUGCACCGAACGGACCACUCUGGAUUCUUGGAGAUGUUUUCAUUGGCAAAUUCUAUUCAGUUUUUGACAAUGGAAAUAAGCGAAUUGGAUUCGCUAUUUCGGCUAACUCGAACUAA